CGUGUGAGGGCGGCCGGCUCCUUCGCUUCCCUGCCCUGUGGCCGCUGCCGCCGCGAGCGGUCCCCUGCACGGCGUGGCCAUGUGCGAGCCCCGCAAGCAGGACAUUGUCGCCAUCUUCAAACGGCUCCGCGCCGUCCCCACCAACAAGGUGUGUUUUGACUGUGGAGCCAAAAAUCCUAGCUGGGCAAGCAUAACAUAUGGUGUUUUUCUUUGUAUUGAUUGCUCAGGGACCCAUCGAUCACUUGGUGUUCACUUGAGUUUCAUUCGAUCUACGGAAUUAGAUUCCAACUGGUCUUGGUUUCAGUUGAGAUGCAUGCAAAUAGGAGGAAAUGCUAAUGCCUCUGCAUUUUUCCAACAACAUGGGUGCAUAACAAAUGACACCAAUGCCAAGUACAAUAGUCGUGGUGCGCAACUUUACAGGGAAAAGAUUAAAUAUCUUGCAACACAAGCAACAAGGAAGCAUGGUACUGAUUUGUGGAUCGAUGGCUGUGGAAUUCCGCCUGUGUCACCCCAGCAAAAAGAGGAGGAUUUUUUUGCAUCACAUGCUUCUCUGAAGGUGAGUAGCACAGAAUGGGCAUCAUCAGAACCGGAGCCAGUUUUUCAAAAGGAGGGUUCUUCAGAAAUCAUUCCAGAAUCUAAUGAAGGUGAACCAGACCAUGGACCAAGUGUUGAUUGCCUUAGUGUCUCACCAAAAGCUGCAUUAGAGGGCACCUCCAUUAUGAAAAAGAAGCCAAAUCAAGCUAAAAAGGGGCUUGGUGCCAAAAAAGGUGGCUUGGGAGCCCAGAAAGUGAGCAGCAAGAGUUUUAAUGAGAUUGAAAAGCAAGCACAAGCUGUAGAUAAAAUGAAGGAACAAGAAGAUCUACAUGUCAGUAAGAGAACUGAGAGGGAAGAACCAUUUGUAUCAUCUUUACGAUUGGCCUACAAGGAUCUUGAAAUUCAAAUGAAAGAAGAAAAGUUAAAUAUAGCUGGUAAAAAGAAAACUGAAGUAGACAGACUUGGCAUGGGAUUUGGUAGCAACAGAAGUGGCAUUUCCCAUUCAGUAAUCUCAGACAUGCAAAUGAUAGAACAAGAAACACCCACAACUGCAAAACCAAGAAAAAAAUACAACGAUGAAGAUGAUUCUUAUUUUUCUUCCUCUAGUUCAAGGUACUUUGAUUCUGCAGAGUUGAGGAGCAGCACUUUUUCUAAAUGGGAUGACAAUACAGAUUCCUUUUGGAAGAAAGAGAGCAGUAACAGAGACACUGACACAUUUCUAACUUCAAAAAUUACAGACUAUGCAGACAGGCCUACAUCUCGUCGUAAACCUGAAUAUGAGCCACCUUUAAGCACAGAUGAGGCACAAAAAAAAUUUGGCAAUGUCAAAGCUAUUUCAUCAGAUAUGUAUUUUGGAAAGCAAGACCAUAGCGAUUAUGAAGCUAGGGCUCGUCUAGAGAGACUUUCUGCAAGUUCCUCCAUAAGUUCAGCCGACUUGUUUGAAGAACAAAAGAAGCAACCAGCAGGAAAUUACAGUAUUGCAAAUGUCUUGCCUUCAGCUCCUGAUAUGGCUCAGUUUAAACAAGGAGUGAAAUCAGUGGCUGGAAAACUUUCUGUUCUUGCUAAUGGAGUCAUGACUUCUAUACAGGAUCGAUAUAGUUCUUAACCAGUUGCAUAUCAUCAUAAUUAAGUACACUAAAGAAGAAUUUCUCUCCAGAUAUGCCAGUGAUCGCAUUGCUGAUUGAAAUGAAGGCUGCCUUAAGGCUCUAGAAUAUUUUGCAAGUUGUUUUGCCAUUUUUGUUUACCAUGUUACUUUCUGGUUCUUGGAAUUUUUUGACUGUCACUUUAUUUUUAUGUAGCAAAAACCUUGUAGUAACUUGUUUCAUCACUUAUGCUUUUGUUCCUUUAUAGUGUUGUAUCUUCCACUGUCCUUAGUGUAACAUACAGUACAUCUUUUUUUUUUUUUUCUCCCUCCCACCCCCCAAGUUGGCUGUGGGGCAGGGAAGAAAAAGGUGGCUAGAUAGACGCUUUACAUGGAAAGAUGAGAUUACUGAUCUGAAUCUCUGCAUCUGUAGUCAUAAACCUCAGGUGCCACAUGUAUACAGAGUUUGGCUGCUGACAUUUUUUUGUGGCCUGUAGAAACGAAAUCUUAAUUUAAAAAAAUCAUUCAUUGAGAUGGUAUUUAGUGUAUUAUAGCAAAAUAUAGGACUUGAUUAGGACCUUUGCUUGUCAGGAAAUAGAAGCUCUUGAAAUUCAUGUUGUUCAGCAUUAAAAUGACAAGCGAAUAUUACCUUUAGAGCAUUAUUUCCUCUAGAAAAUAUUUUGUUUAGGGUGAGGUAUGAGAUAUAUAAAUACUCAGAGUAUGUAAGGUGGUAAACUUAAUUUUGUUAUGGGAUCUAUCUAUUUAUUCAUAACUUUGAGAAUUAUUAAAAAAUUGCAAUAUAGUCUCCUUAAGUGCUUUUAAACAAUCAGUAUCGUGUACAAAAUGAACAAAAUUCAAGUAUACAUAAUUAUAGGGACAAAUAGAGUAGUUUAAUUGACUAUUUAGUUUUGUUAAGUAUUUUUAGAACAAUCUUAGUUUUUUGAUAAAUUACGAAAUAUGUGAAUAAGAAAAUAUAGUGGGGCUGUGUUUUAGACAGCCUGCAAUUUGCCAUUGACAAAGUAUAUUGCAAAUUUUGUGGAUCUAAAAAAAACCCAAAAUGAGUUUCCAAUGGAUUCUGUUCUAUAGCUUUAUUUCUUAAACAAAUCUCAAAUUUGUAAACUGCUAAAACCUAAUAAAAACAAUUGAAAUCA